CGUUUUCGAGGAACGUGUACCCCACGUACGGCGAGGGUUUUCUUUUUUCUGUUUUUAAAACAAAUGUGGUAGCAGUGAUGGAUGUGAAGGGUCAAGGAGACAUGAGAUGUGGAACGGAAAGAAAUAAAUAUGGGAGAAAAGCUUGGAGGAAAUAAAGAGGGUGCAGAAGAUCAGAAAGUGUAUACAGUCUUACAGAGAAGUGCUAUGCAUCAGCUACCAGAUAUAUUAAGAAGAGGCGUCUUCCGGCGCGGACCUCCGGAAGGAUAAGCCAGCGAACCCGGAGUGCAGAAGAAUAAUAAGAGGCUGAACCCGGGACCUCACGCAGUCUGGUGGCCACGAAGGGAAUAACAUGGCGUGCUGACUGCUUCAGCGUAGCUCUAACUUCUCGCUCCUUGUGGCAGCCGGUGGCUACGUUGUGACGUCACAGGUAGUGCAGUGUAAUCAUCAUACGCAGGAGCAGCAAUCUUGACGGGGGCGGUGGGCUCUUGAGGGCUGUGGCCUCGGGGCUAAACCGGCAGGCUGUAUGGCACUGGGGUCCCCUCGCCACCAUCACCACCUCCUCCACCACCAAGACCUGUACUAUUACCUUUACCAUCACCGGCAUCGCCUCCUCUCUCAGUUGGCUCGUUCAGCAACAUGGUGAAGACCUUUCAAGCCUAUCUGCCCAACUGUCACCGCACAUACUCGUGCAUCCACUGUCGGGCACACCUAGCCAAUCACGACGAACUCAUAUCAAAGUCCUUCCAAGGGAGCCAGGGAAGGGCCUACCUCUUCAAUUCAGUGGUGAAUGUCGGUUGUGGGCCAGCGGAGGAGCGAGUACUACUCACAGGGCUCCACGCUGUUGCUGACAUUUAUUGUGAGUGCUGUAAGACGACGUUGGGCUGGAAAUAUGAACAUGCAUUUGAAUCGAGCCAGAAGUACAAGGAGGGGAAGUUCAUCAUUGAGCUGGCCCACAUGAUCAAAGAGAAUGGCUGGGACUGAGAGUUGGCCCGGCCCGGCCCGAACGUCCGUCGCCUCCGCCACCCGCUCUGUGCGGCCUCUGGGUCACGAGAUGGUUGGCACAUGGGCAGGAACGGGCCGUCUGGAUCAUUUUGAGGUGCGGGCAGGAGACAGGAUAUUCUGUUGGACGGCCUCCCGUCAGACGGGGUUCCCCGACGUGGCGCCGCAUUAAAAGUGCGGCCAGUUCUGAGAUGAGUUAAGUCACAAAUAUGAGUGAUUGCGCAGGAGAUAAGCAAGCCAAAUGCCAUGACACGGAUUGUUGGUGUGGACUUCGGAAGCUGUCGGUUCAAGAGGUGAAAUAUUUAUGUUCUCGCAACUAAACACAUUUAUGGAUCUGUGUUCUCAUUGUCUGAACUUGAGGGGUAAGCAAAGCAGGCUCAAGACAUUGAUUCUACAGGGCUUAUUAACUUAACGGAGAAGCCCAAAAAGAGAUAUUUAAAGUUUGUACAUGUGUAAUUGGCACUGUUUUAUUUUUUACAACAUGUGUUAGAUGUGGGCAGGGUAGUAACACGACCAUGUCACAUAAACUUUCAGUAUCUUGUAUAUCUCUUGACAGUCGAAUGGCUUAAGAUGGUAUUUGUUACGUCUUUUCAAGGCACGAUUAUACGUGAUGAUGAAUCGGUCGGUUUUAAAUGUGUACUUAUUUGUGCCAAUCGAUGAUGUCCCAACCAUCUGCAGGUGAAGAGGAACGCAAUGCGUGCAGCUUGUGCGCGCCAGCUCAGUAAGGCCUUGCAAGCCUCGCACCGCCACUACCACCGACUCUUCAUCUCGUAAGUUGGGCAAGCUUUGAGCUUCUGCGGGCUUACCGUAGCUAGCGACUUUCUGUCGGUUUGCGUAGGUGUAGACGUUAAAUGUGGGGAACCUUAAAAUACUGGUAUUAGUAACGGACGGCUCGUGGUACGUCUCGGAUGACUGGGCUGGCGAGGGGAUGUGGUCGCCAACUUGUUGCUGCAAGUGUAGCUCGAUGUGAUAGGUGAUGGCUCAUCAUCUUUUAUCUUCUGUGCAGCAGAAUGGCAGUUGGAGGAUUUUUAAUUUAAAAACAAAUUUGAGUUGGGUGUGGCCACGGAGGCCAGUACUUAAUCAGCGUCAAAUUGGUAUUUUUUUUUAAUAUAAGACUUGUAGUAGCUUCUUUUAUUCUAUGAAUUCUGCUGUAGAGAAGAGAGAAUGCCAUCCCACUUGUAAAUGGUAACCCAAUCUAGUCUUUCAGUCUGUGCAUUCGUUGUUUCCCUGUUUGUAGAUCGAGUUUUGUACAAAUUGCUUUAUUUCUCAGAUGUUUGUCUUUGUUGGAAGCAUGCAGAUUAUUUCAGGUCCUGCAAUUUUAUGAAAUCAUAUCAAUUACAGAUUAUUUUAAUUUUAAAGUAAAGUGAUAUGCCAACUCAUAGGCAAACUUUUUUGUGUCGUGAGCGUACCGAGUGUCGUAGGACUCGUACGAAGAAGAAUGUGCGCGUGGAAGAGAUUUGAACGGAGAUUGCGAACUCAUUGCAACUUCUGGUGAGAGAGUGAACUGACGGCUUGUGAGGAGGCGCAAGGAGCAAGAGGAAGAUGAGCGGUUAAAGUUUUGAGCUGCUUUCUGAUUAUUAAAAUGUUGAUAUGUAAGCGUAGUUUGCGAAACACCAAGGGUAUAAUUUGUUUAAUCUGUACUUUAAGUUUCCCAUUAUUAAAAUGUGUUAAUUCAGGAUGCUUCGUAGUGCUUUCACAAUUACAGUUCUGCUAAAAUGCCCUUUCCUCGGAAUAAUAAAUUUAUUUCCGUUUUCAAAUAUUGUCUCUUUCAUGUCGAGUAAUUAAACAAAUUGCAGGGCAUUGAAACAUUCUGUAAUUUACUGUAGUAGUAACUGAAAGUACGCGGCAGAGCAGACAAACGUGUGAGCAAAAGAGCAUUCGUUUCCAACUUUUGAAUCAGGAGAAGGAACAUUUUUUUUCUUUCAUUGCAAGGUAUUAUACUGUAACUGCUUUGAGAUCGUCAUUUGGUAUUUCUUUUUGAAUUCAGCAUUUGUCCAUACACCUUUUAAGUAAUUAAGUCAACCUUUUUUUUACAAUCUAAAUGAAUGAAAAAUAAAUAUGUUAAUGAGAGUGUAA